GAGAGAGAGAGGAUUCGGGGGAGGAGGCAGGCAGCUGUGUAGGCACAGUAACAGCUGCAGCAGCCAACUGCUGCAUAAAAUAAAACCACUUCUGCUCUUUUCGAUUUCGGAGCACACAUCUCUCUCUUUCUCUCUCCUCUGUUCACCUCCGGCCUCAAACUGCACACUCUGAUCACCAUCUUUACCUCUCUCUCCCCUCUCUCUCUGUAUCUUGAAAUUCUUCUUUUCCCUCGGUGUUUCUCGUCACCUUUCUUUUUAUUUUUGCGCACUAGGGGAAACAACCAUAGUUGACAUGUUUCUGGUUUCAUUCUCUCCUUUUCUUUACUUUUCUGUCAGAUCUUCCAAGAGCCGUGUCGUGGUGCCUUGAGGAACCAGCGGCUCUCUUCUUCCUCUUGUUCUUUGUAGAGAGAAAGAUAAAAGAGAGCCUCCCCCUUUACAUUUAUAUAUUGCAAAGGCCUCUGUGGAACUUAGCGCUUUCUGCCCUUCAAUUUGCUCACCCUUUUGUCCAAGCUGUUCUUCCUUGAUAAUUUAGGCCACAUGAAGAGAGCUUCACGCUGGGGGUUCGGAAUUAUUGCAGGCAGGCCAAAAAAGUUAAUUUUACAGAGUAAUUUCCAGUAGUGAGGAAAAGGCUGAGCGAUUCCACAGUAACCAGCGUGAUAAAAGCACAUGUUUUGUUUGAAAAUCAGGGGGUUUUUGCGUGGCAAAAGUAGCUGACUUCACCUUACAUCGGGUUUGGAGCUUUUAGUGUGAAUAACAACAAUAGUAAUUGAAAGAGGGUGACUGCUUCUGUUCCAAGUGCUGCUGACGGCGAAGGGUGGUUUCUUGUGUGAACAAAGAGAAGGAAAAGAAACAGAUUCUUUUGUCAGUUUGCGUGUAGUUUAUACGCAUAAGGCUGCUUAGCUUUGUUGGGCUGUUACCUUUGUUCAUAAGGUAAGUGGUAGAAGUGUGUUUCUCAGCCAUCUAAAAGCCCCAAGAAUCUUCUGCCUCAAUCCAGAGCGUGUAUCUUUGUCCUUCUGAUAUCACUUGGAUUAUUAUCAUUAUUGACCAAUAAAUAAACCAAGAAAAUCAAUCUCUGCGUCAGAGAAUCUUUCUCAGCUCUCUAGUGGGACUCUACAGAAUCAGUUCUUGAAGAUUUGCAUUAUUGGCGAGGUUUGAGCUUGUUUCUCUCUAAGGGGUUACAGAAUAUUUUAAGGUUUGGGGAAAAAUGGCUAUGGUGGCACAGCAUCACAGAGAAAAUAGUAGCGGGAGCAUAAAUAAGCAUCUUGAUUCUGGAAAGUAUGUCCGGUACACUGCCGAGCAGGUGGAGGCUUUGGAGAGAGUCUAUGCCGAGUGCCCAAAGCCCAGUUCUUUACGCCGGCAGCAGCUGAUCCGAGAAUGCCCUAUUCUUUCCAACAUUGAGCCAAAACAGAUAAAAGUCUGGUUCCAAAACCGCAGGUGUCGAGAAAAGCAGCGUAAAGAAUCUGUUAGACUUCAGAGUGUGAACAGAAAAUUAACUGCCAUGAACAAGCUGCUGAUGGAGGAAAAUGAUCGCCUCCAGAAGCAGGUGUCUCAGCUCGUAUGUGAGAACGGUUACAUGCGACAACAGUUGCAAAGUGCAUCUGCUCCGGCCACUGAUGCAAGUUGUGAGUCGGCAGUCACGACUCCUCAGCAUUCUCUCAGGGAUGCUAACAACCCUGCUGGACUCCUCUCAAUUGCAGAGGAGACCUUGGCAGAGUUCCUUUCUAAGGCUACAGGAACUGCUGUUGAUUGGGUCCAGAUGCCUGGGAUGAAGCCUGGUCCGGAUUCGGUUGGGAUCUUUGCCAUUUCACAAAGUUGUAGUGGAGUGGCAGCUCGAGCUUGCGGUCUUGUUAGUUUAGAACCUACAAAGAUUGCUGAGAUCCUUAAAGAUCGUCCAUCUUGGUUCCGUGACUGUCGGAGCCUUGAGGUUUUCACUAUGUUCCCUGCUGGAAAUGGAGGAACCAUUGAACUGUUGUAUACACAGACAUAUGCACCAACUACUCUGGCUCCUGCUCGUGAUUUCUGGACUCUAAGAUACACAACAACCUUGGAGAACGGCAGUCUUGUGGUAUGUGAGCGUUCGCUUUCUGGUACUGGUGCUGGCCCAAGUGCAGCUGCAGCAUCACAGUUUGUUAGAGCUGAGAUACUUCCGUCUGGAUAUUUGAUUCGGCCAUGUGAGGGUGGAGGGUCAAUUAUACACAUUGUAGACCACCUUAAUCUACAGGCGUGGAGCGUGCCAGAGGUGUUGCGGCCGCUUUAUGAAUCGUCAAAAGUUGUGGCCCAGAAAAUGACGAUUGGAGCACUAAGAUAUAUUCGGCAGAUAGCCCAGGAGACAAGUGGGGAAGUAGUAUACGGUCUUGGCAGGCAACCAGCUGUUCUACGCACAUUCAGCCAGAGGUUAAGCAGAGGCUUUAAUGACGCUAUUAACGGUUUCAAUGAUGACGGGUGGUCAUUAUUGAACUGUGAUGGUGCUGAAGAUGUUAUAGUUGCCAUAAAUUCAGCCAAGAACCUGACCACUGGAUCAAGUGCUCUUUCUUUGCUUGGAGGUGUUCUCUGUGCAAAAGCGUCUAUGCUACUUCAGAAUGUUCCUCCAGCAGUCCUGGUUCGCUUCUUAAGGGAGCACCGAUCGGAAUGGGCAGACUUCAAUGUCGAUGCAUAUGCUGCUGUAUCUUUGAAGGCAAGCACAUAUGCAUAUCCAGGAAUGAGACCGAUGAGAUUCACUGGUAGCCAAAUAAUUAUGCCACUAGGUCAUACAAUUGAACACGAAGAGAUGCUUGAAGUUAUUCGUUUGGAAGGACACUCGCUUAGUCAUGAGGAUGCUUUUGGAUCCAGGGACAUUCAUCUUCUACAGAUGUGCAGCGGAGUUGAUGAGAAUGCAGUGGGGGCCUGCUCAGAGCUUGUCUUUGCACCAAUCGAUGAGAUGUUCCCAGAUGAUGCACCGCUGCUGCCAUCUGGUUUUCGCAUAAUACCACUUGAUUCAAAACCAGGUGAUUCACAAGAUGUAUUGACUUCACAUAAAACACUAGAUUUGGCAUCGAGUCUUGAAGUUGGCCCCGCUACCAGCCAUUCUGCUGAAAAUGCAUCGACAUCUUACAAUGCCCGAUCGGUAUUGACUAUUGCUUUCCAAUUCCCAUUUGAGAGCAAUUUGCAGGACAAUGUUGCUACAAUGGCACGCCAGUAUGUCCGUAGUGUGGUUUCCUCCGUCCAGAGGGUUGCCAUGGCCAUAACUCCAUCUGGAUUAAGCCCUACAGUGGAGCCAAAGCUAUCUCCAGGUUCUCCAGAAGCUCUAACGCUUGCACAUUGGAUCUGCCAGAGCUAUAGCUACCAUUUGGGAACGGAGUUGCUAAGAGCUGACUCUACGAGUGGUGAAUCAGUAUUAAAAGCACUUUGGCUUCACCAAGAUGCCAUCUUAUGCUGCUCGUUAAAGGCUCUGCCAGUUUUUAUAUUCGCAAAUCAGGCUGGGCUGGACAUGCUGGAGACUACUCUGGUUGCCCUACAAGACAUUACGAUAGAUAAGAUAUUUGAUGAUUCCGGACGCAAGGCAUUGUUUUCAGAAUUUGCUAAAAUUAUGGAACAGGGAUUUGCUUACCUGCCUGGUGGUAUCUGUAUGUCGACAAUGGGCCGUCACAUCUCUUAUGAACAAGCCAUUGUGUGGAAAGUCUUUGCAGCUGAAGAGAACAGUGUCCACUGCCUCGCAUUCGCUUUUGUGAAUUGGUCCUUUGUUUGAAUGUCACAGAUCAAUUCUUGGAGUUAUUCCUUGGACGAAAUUGUGUUAGGUGGACAUCCACAUGAAGGAUUCCAGAGACGAGAUGGAAUAUAGAGGAGGAAUCAUAGAGUUUUGUUAUGCUUGAAACUUUCACGGGUUUGCAUUUUUUGUUAAUUUACUAAUAGUUUCUCACAUGUGUUCUAAAAUUUUGAUCCUCCUAUGUAAAUUCUUCUGCUGUAAUCUUCUUGAUCUAUUGAAGAAAUUCACUCUAUUGAAGAAA